CGCAAACUAAAAAAGCGCAUUGAUCUUUCGAAGAAAUCAACAUUUUUCAUUGUUGACCUUUCGAAUGUUGCAAAAGACGCUUGGAACAUUUUCACUUAUCAUCUUAUCAGUUUUUUAUCUUCAUCUUCAUAUGUAGCUGCAACACAAAAUGAUAUGAUGACGAAGAAACAGGAAUCAUUUUCAAUUCUUACUGAAUUCGAUUACUCAUUUACCGUGAUGUUAAUUGGUGAUAGUUGCUGUGGUAAAACCUGUUUGUUGAUCCGAUUUAAAGACGGAGCCUUUCUAAACAAUAAUUUCAUUUCCACUGUCGGAAUUGAUUAUCGAAAUAAACUGAUCGAAGUAGACAAUGUUAAGGUUAAGCUACAAAUUUGGGAUACAGCUGGUCAAGAAAGAUUUCUUGCGGUAACAACAACCUAUUAUCGUGAUGCGGAUGCUCUUCUGCUUGUAUAUGACUUAACAAACCGACAAAGCUUUGUCAACAUUCGAGAUUGGCUUGCACGAAUUAAGGAAAAUGCUAAGGAGACCGUGUUGAUAACCCUUGUGGGUAAUAAAGUGGACUUACAAAAGAAUCGAAAAGUGAAAUAUGAAGAGGGAAGACAACUGGCUGAGGCAUAUAACAUUGCAUUUAUAGAAACAAGUGCCAAAAGUGGUCAAAAUGUAAAAGAGACAUUUCAGGAAAUUGCAAGAAAACUUGUCAAGAUGCAAAACGGUGAAAGUGUAAAAAAUAAAUCGACAAUCGAACUUGUUGGCACAUUGUCAAAGAGGUCUUCCUGUUGCCUAACUUCCUGAUUAUUCGGUUGUCUUGUUCCACUGAC